AUGUCAUCAUCUCAAAAUGAUCAAGGCGAGCCCGCCCCAAAUUCGAGUUUGAAGAGUAAAGUGAUGUCUCUCGAACAAUAUGUCAAGUUGCUGGAACUUAAACUGGUGCAGUGAGUGUUUGCGAAAAAACCCUUUAUUCUGGUUGAUCACUUGUUUUAAUCUAUCAAUUUUUCAGAAAGGAACAAGAACUUUCGGAUAGUAAGGCCAUCGUUUUAUUUAUGGAAGAUGAUAUCGACAAAAUGCAAUCGAAUUUGGCUACUUUACGUUUGGAAGCACUGCGACUCCAAGAUCAAUAUGCGGCAACUUCAAAUGAUUCUUCAUCCGGAAAAAAUUCAACAGCAAAUUACAAAUUGACGUAUUUUCGAGGACGUGGAUUUGUUGAACCUAUUCGACAAGUUUUCCGUAUGGCAGAAGUUGAAUUUGAUGAGGAUAUACUUACACCAGAUGACAAAACAUGGGAAAAUUUGAAGAAAAGUGAGUUAAAAAUAAAAAACGUACUCAAGAUUCAAAAAUUUUUCAUUCAAAAAUUUUUCAGAUGUUCCAUUUGGACAGCUCCCGGUUUUGAAUGCUGAUGGAAUCGAAAUCCCACAAUCUGCUGCUAUAUUAAGAUAUGUCUCAAAAAAGUUUGGAUUAGCUGGAAAAAGCCCAGAAGAAGAAGCCUGGUGUGAUGCGAUUAUCGAUCGAUGCAAAGAUUUCGUUGUAACUUUCAGACAAGUUUAUGUGGCUGCUCGACAAAAUAAACCUGCUGAGGAAAUCGAGAAGAUCAGGAAAGAAGUCAGUGAACCAGCUAGAGAACGUUUCUUCGAAAUAUUGAAUGAUGUGUUGGCACAAUCGACAUCCGGUUUCUUAGUUGGAGACGAAGUUACGUUUGCUGACUUAUUCAUUGUUGAUAAUUUGUUGAUUUUGGAACGUAAUGGUAUUUUCCAUAGAGCCGAGCAACCAAAGCUAACAGCUCUUAUGCAAAAAGUGCACAACUUGCCCAACCUCCGCAACCACAUUGAAUCCCUCUCAAAAACUUCUCUCUAA